UCAAAUUGGAGAUGCACAGACGCGUCAGUCAGUGGUAGCUGUGUGGCAACCAGCGCCAGUAUUUGCCGUUUUGAUGACUGAAGUCUUGUCCCGAGCCAUCGAGUACGUAGACUGAGGUAGACAGCUCAAACCUGAUUCUCCGUCGGCAGAUGAAAGGACCAAUUUUGAUUCGCCCCAUCUGCGUGUUCUUCAGCUGCCUGCUUUCGGAAAAUCUCUCCCUCACCCGCCUCUUCUUUCCAGUGAACUCAUCUGCACCCGUCGCAACUUUGGCGGAGGGAGCUUCCACAUUUCUUCAAAAUGACUUCCUCCUUGUGACUACGCCGACCUUUCUGUGGUGCUGGGUUAGCGCCUGGGAUCUUUACCGAGUCGGGAUUUCCAAUGUCUCCCCAUUGCCAGCGUUUGCCGGGCUUCUUGCGGGAUUGGCAGGAAUUGGACCCGGUGCAACCGCGGCGGCCAUCUGUUUCUGGCGAGAACAGAAAAUGAGUCAAAAGAAAUUCCUUCGGCGCAGUUGAAAACCUCGCCUUUCUCGCUAUUCCGUCCUAAAAAUGGAUACCAAAUAUAACAAAGUAGUGGGGAUGUUUCUGGUGGACAGAUGUCAACAAGAGAUAGUAGUUGGCCCUAUCGCCUUCCAUCGAC